UUUUGGAUGGUAGCUAACUUCAUUAUCUAAUAGGGCUGUUUAUGAGGAACUCGGGAAAUAUGGGGACCUACAGAAUCAGGUUUUGUACCGUGAGCGUGUUGAGGAACUAGAACCAAGUAUACGGUACUGUCUACACAAACUUGGUGAGUCAAAUUUACAAACUUCUGAACUCAUGCACAUUGGUGAAAUGGAAGGACCUGCACUUGAUCUUUUCAAAGCUAAACUAGAGGCAAGUUUAGUUGUUUCAGAGGUUAAGCUAUGAAUAAUGUUGUAUCCUGAUCUAUUUAUGGUCAUCUCCUUUUUAAUAGUGGUUAGAUUAUAUUUGCUUCUUAUCUGUAAAAUUGGAAAAGAAUUUCCAGACUUUUGUUACAUUACUUGCCAUUUAUCUCAUGUCUCGCUUUAUCUCGAUUUGCAGGCUGUUAUGGCUGAGGCAAGAUCUCAGCAGGCUGCAUCUAUGACAGAAUUUCAUUGGCUUGGUCAUAAAUUUCCAAUUUCUAAUGCGAAGACACGUGUUUCCAUAUUGAAAGGAUCGUGCAGCUGAGUUGGAGCUAGUGCAGAAGUUAAUGGAUGAAAUUCGAAUUCUUUUGGCAUGUAUUUCACAUACCAUGAUCCCAUGAAGAAUUUUGAUAGGACUAGGGUUAACGGUGCGGUUGCUAAACUUAUUAAAGUGAAGGAUGGCUUCACAAUGACUGCCUUAGAGGAUGCUGCAGGAGAAAAUUGUUUAAUAUUAUAGUAGACACAGAAAAUACUGGAAAGCAACUUCUUCAAAAUGGUGAUCUCCGAAGAAGAGUUACACAGUUAUCCAUCUAAACCAAAUUCAAUCCCAAAAUGCUUCUGUUAGAUUGGUUGGCAAGGGGAAUGCAGAAGUGGCUCUGUCUUUGGUUGGAUAUGAUCAGGAACUGAAGCGUGCUAUGGAAUAUGUAUUUGGUUCAACAUUUGUUUGCAAAACUAUUGAUGCAACGAGGGAGGGGUGGUGGUGAUCUAUUAAGGCAACUUCAUGCUUUGGCAGAGGUUGAAUCCAAACUUUCUAUUCAUCAGAAGAGAUUAUCUGAAAUUGAAGCUGAGGUGCUGGUGGUGGAAGGAAUGUGAGUGCUCGUAAGGAAAAUGGAGUCAGUAAUAGCAUGGAGAGAGGUUUUAAGCCCUCCCUGUCAGUUCCAGAAAAAACAAAAAAUAAUGCGAACCCUCAUGUCACAAAAUCUUCUACCAUUUCAGUCAAUGGGCCCACACAUGUUCCUUAUGGCAGUUCCAGUCAUGAACGUGGCACCCAAUCAUCUGCAGGUGUUUACUCCUCUACUUCAGAUCCUGUGGUGGUGGCACCUCUCGGUUCCCAGAUCCCCAGCAUGGGGGCGAUCAAAUGUGAAAUAAACAGCCAAAGAAUUGCUGCAGAAUCUGGUGCCUUUAACCCAUCUGGGAAAAGAUCGAGUAAGCUAAAAGAAUCCCAGAUUCUUGAAAAGAAUCAGCCGUUGGAGCCUUCCGAAGUGGUUGCAUCUGAAGCUCCAACUUUGGCAGUGGAAGCUGUUUUUCAGUCACUUCCUGAUGUCUCCUUUUUGGAGGAAGCUACUUCAAAGGUUGAUAUGAAGCUAGAGAAGUUAAAUAUUUCUACUCGUCAGCCUGUUAUUUUCCCAGACCACCUCCAAGUUCCUGAAGAUUUUAAGAAUGGAUUGAUUUUUGGAAGUUUGGAUGCUACUUUUGAAGAGAGUGUAGCAUAUGUUGAUGGCACUGAUGACAUGAAGAGCUCUAUGCCUGCUAUCGAAUCGUUUGAGGGGAAUGACAAGGUUGCUAAGGAAACUUUUUCCAGCAAUCCAAUUGUAUUCUCAACUGCUCACGAAGGAGAUUAUCCUAACGAUCCACAUUCUCCGCCACAUGAGCCUGACAAUUCGUCACCUGUGAAAAACAGCGUUUCAUCUGGUACUGCUCCGGAAUUUGAGCAGUCCAAGCAAGAGAAUAUGUUGCGUCAAGUAGGACCUCAGUACCCCUUUGUUCACACUGCCCCAAGCUAUGGUUUUCCUUACAUUCAACCCAUGCUAGGGAGCCAGCUUGUACAAUGUGAGGGAUCUGAGAUACAGAGUGGGAAUUCGUCAGUUUCAUCUACAUCAGAUUCAAAGGCAACUGCUACUCAACCAAUUGGACAGAGUUCUAUACCCAUAUCUCCUCCACCAUUUCCCGUUUUCCGGCAACCUUAUCCUGUCAACUACUUUCCAUUUGGCGCCUAUUUUCCACCAUUUUAUUUGGCAGCAAAUGCACCACAAUUUUUAGGCCACAGUGGGUUCCCUCAACAGCCAUCAACUGGCAAUGUAUAUCUAUCACCCAUAGUAGCAGCUGCAGCAGGCCCCGGGGUUAAAUUCAGUGUUCCACAGAAUAAGGCAGGACAUAAUGCUGGAAAUUUGACCCAUUUCGGAAUUCCGUCUGGCUUUGGCUCAUAUAACCCUAGUCUAGCUGUGAAUUCUGGAAGUUCUGCUGGUAAUGAAGAUCUUACAGCAUCUGAGUUGAAGGAGAACAGUGUGCACACAACUGUCCAGCAGGGCGAAGGUCCACUUGUGUGGUUCCCGGGCCGUGAUAUACCCAGUUUGCAUGCCAAUUCUUUCUAUAACCACAUUCCUCCGGGGCAGCAUAUUGCUUUCUCACCUCUACUGGCUGGUCAUGCACCCUCUGCGGGAAUUUAUCAUCCAGCGCAGACAAUGGCUUCUUCUUCAACUGCUCGUCCACUUUAGCAACAGUCGAAGGCUAUGUCUGGAUCCAAUGAAAAGCAGUGGGACCUCCAUUGGGGGAUUAUCAGCAGCCUCAGUGUGCAAUUAAUUGGAACUCCAGUUAUUGAUUCUGUAGUCAUUACACAAGUAUUCAUCGAGGUAAUAUUAUCUAUAUGAGAAUAUGAAGCAUUGGCCUGAUAUGAGUGUAAAUAUGAAUUGCAGCUCUGAAAAUUUAAGAGAUGUUUCUCGGGUAGGAUUAUACAAGGAAUGUUCUCAAAAUUAGUUUCUGUAGCGAAUGGUUAACUGUUUUUCGAGGUCAAAUGAACUUGGAAAGAUUGACCAGAGUAGGUGAGCGAUUCCAUUCUUUUACUUCUUUGUCUCACCUGUACAUCAAAUUUUGAUAGCAAAAAUGGAUGAUGAGCGAAACUAUUGUAAUUGCUAGAAGAGAAUUAAGAUUACAGCUUAAUUAUUAUAAGUUGACUAAAUCAGAUUCUAUUCAAUGGGGGCUUUUUUACGAGCUGAAGCCA